AUGGAUAAUUUACCAGCUGCUUUACGUAUUUCACAAAUCAUACCGAAAUUUGAACCACCGAAAAAAUUUAAUUUAACACAAAUAGCAAAAGAUUUAAAAGAUUUUGGUAUUCAUAGUCUAAAAGAUGAUAAACAUAUUGAAGGUGUACCAUUAGAACGUGAUGGAAAGAUAAACCCAGACUUUCAUAAAGAAAUAUUUUUGGGUAAUCAUGAAUUAUUUGAAACAGAUAUUCAAAAUGAUGAACAAAAACGAGAUAAAAAAUUAGAAGAAAUAUUUAAUGAAGCAGAUGUUGAUCAUGAUCAACGUUUAUCAAAAGAUGAAUUACUUAAUUAUGUUUUAAAAAAUGUUAAUCAACAUAUACACGAAGCUAAAGAAAGAAAUUCACAAUUAUUUAUACAUAAUGCUAACAUUGAUUUGUUUGUUUCAUUAGGUAAAGUGACUUGGCAUGAAUAUUUUGCUUUAUAUGUUAAAUUUCACAAGAUGAAUUCAACUAGUGUUAAAGAAUCGGAUACUUUUGAUUUUAUUCAAGGACCAUUUGAUAAUAAUUUUCAACGAGAAUUAGUGAAAAUUCGAUUUCGUUGGACAGAAGCUGAUGUUGGAGGUGAUAAUGAACUUGAUAUUGAUGAAUUUCUUGCUUUUCGUCAUCCAGAAAUAGCUGGUCAUUCAUAUAAACAUAUUGUUGAUGAUCUUAUUUUACAAAUGGAUCGUAAUAAUGAUCAAAAAUUAAAUGAAACUGAAUUUGCAUUUUUACCUUCAAGUAUAUUAGAAGAUGGUGGAAAUAAAGAAUGGGUAGAAAUGGAUAAACGAUGGUUAGAAGAACAAAAAAGAGAAUUUCAUGAAAUGGAUGAAAAUAAAGAUGGAAUUUUAACAAAAGAUGAAUUAUUAAAAGCAUAUGAUCCAAUGAAUCGUGUUCAUAUAAGUAAUCAAAUAAAAAAGUUAUAUGAAAAAGUCGAUGAUUCUCCAUCAGACAAUGUUUUAACAUUAAAUGAAAUUCAAAAACAUGCUGAUGUUUUUACUGAUAUGCGCAUUUUAGAUACAGAAAAGGCAUUACAUGAUGAAAUAUAA